UAAGAGCCCUUGGCUUUACCUGGGGGAAUUGCGAAUUCUACACUGAGAAAAUUGUGAACUUGCCUUUAGGAGACGCUGUUUAUCAGGACGAUCCUAACUCCAGGAAAGGGGAGGCGAAAAGGCCAUGACAACACCAGCAGGAACUUAAUAUCAAGUUACUCAAACCAGAAGAGCCAGUUUUCACUUGCACAGCCAGUGACUAGUCUUGAGCUCUCUUCCCGCGCAAAUGGGAGCUUCCUUGGAACAUGGAGUACGGAAAGGAUCGUCAUUUCUUUAAAACGUUUUUUUCAGGAAAUUUCCCCAAGAACGAUUUGUUUCCAGAGGACCAGUGGAAUUUGAUUUGAAGAAUGGCCGCGGCAUCUCAAGGCCUGAGUAUGAGUUCCAGUUCACAUGAUAAUGGUAGAGAGAACUUUCGCGAGAGGCUUCUGGAUAUCGAUUAUAAUCUAGGAGAUCUAGAGGUGGAGCAACUAAAGUUUCUCUGCCAAGACCUCGUCUCCCGCAAGAAUCUGGAGAAAUGCAGCUCGGCCUCGGAUAUUUUUGAACAUCUGUUGGCAAGGAAGCUGCUGAGUGAGGAAGACCCCUUCUUGCUGGCAGAACUCCUCUAUAUCAUCAAGCAGAACUCACUGCUGAAGUACCUCCACUACACCAAAGAGCAGGUGGAGAAUUUGCUGCCCACGAAAAGGAAGGUGUCUCUGUUCAGAAACCUGCUCUACGAAAUGUCAGAAAACAUCGACUCGGAGAUCUUAAAGAGCAUGAUCUUCCUUCAGAAGGAAUCAAUGCCAAAAAUGCAGAUGACCUCUCUAAGUUUCCUGGGACAUCUGGAGAAACAAGCUCAAAUAGGUGAAGAUGAUCUGAAGGUGCUAGAGGACCUCUGUGCAAAAGUUGCACCUAGUCUUGGGAGAAAGAUAGAAAAAUAUAAAAAAGAGAAAGCCUUCCAGGUAGUGACAUCUCCUGUAGACAAGGAAACUGAAUCAUUGCCUCAAGGAAAGGAAGAAGUUUUUUCCUGUUCAGACGUUCAACAAUUUCUUGGAGCCUUACCGGCAAGUUCAUUGUUUUGCAAUUCAGUGAUUUCAAAGUUUAGACAAGGCUUUUCUGGAGUGUUACCUUCUCUCAAGAAGUCACCUGUGUACAAGAUGGAUCGGAAAUGUAGAGGCCAGUGCGUUAUUAUCAACAACCACAGCUUUACCGUUACCUCACUGUCAGAAAGACGAGGGACCCAAAAAGAUGCUGAGUGCCUUACACAUGUGUUUAAGUGGCUUGGGUUCAAUGUAAAUAUAUAUAAUGAUGUGACUAAAGAAAACCUGGAGGAAGUUCUGAUAAAAUUUCAGAGCCAUCCAGACCAUGCUGAUGGAGACUGCUUCGUGUUCUGUGUUCUGACCCAUGGGAAAUUUGGAGCUGUCUACUCUUCGGAUGGGGUCCUCAUUCCCAUUCGGGAGAUCAUGUCUCACUUCACAGCCCUGCAGUGCCCUGGUCUGGCUGACAAACCCAAACUCUUCUUCAUCCAAGCCUGCCAAGGAGAAGAGAUACAACUUUCUGUAUCCAUUGAAGCAGAUGCUAUAAAUCCUGAGCCCACACACCCUCCCCUUCAAAACAGUGUUCCAAAUGAGGCCGAUUUCCUUCUUGGUUUGGCCACAGUCCCUGGCUACGUAUCUUUUCGGCAUACGACGGAAGGUAGCUGGUAUAUUCAAUCUCUGUAUAAUCAUUUGAAGGACUUGGUCCCAAGACAUGAAGAUAUCUUAUCCAUUCUCACUGCUGUCAAUGAUGAUGUAAGUCGCCGAGGUGGAACAAGGAAACAGAUGCCUCAACCUGCUUUCACACUACGUAAAAUUCUCAUAUUCCCUGUACCAGAGGAAGAACUUUGAUUAUAGUAGCGAGUUUUCAUUGACUCUUAGUCUUGAAAGGAACCUUGUCAUCUUUUCCAAUUUUCACUCAGCAUAGGAAUCAGAUGGUGAACUGGUCUCCCCUGUCAUUCUUAUAAUAAGAAAUGCCUUGCUUGUUUCCUGACAUGGCAAAUUCUGUUUUCUUUCGUUCUUUUUGACAAGUCUAAACAUUAGAAAACUUUCUUUAUCGAUGCCUUGGAUUGUAAUCAUGGCUUUAGUUGUGCACUCUGAAAAAAAAGUAAUUGGCCUCA